AUGGUGGCAGGGCUGCUUCCGCGUUUUCUGUGCGGGCACCUGACACCGCUGAGUUACGUGCACCCCAUGUUUGCACCACAGAGCACGCGCCUACUGCGCGGUUUGCAUGCACGUGGUGUGGGGCGCCCGCUGUGCUCCAAGGCAUCCGGUUCCGAGACGCAAGGCCUUUUAUCCUUGCUAGUUUUCCAUCGGCAUGGGGACAGGUCGCCUCUGCGUGGACACACGCCAGACGAGGAGCUAGCUUUGCCGACAGCAGCAGCACCAGCAGCACCAGGAAACACUCGCGGCGGCAGCGCCGUCGGUACAGGAGACGGCGGGGGUUCGGAGAAACCCGGGCGGGUAGCAGCGCCGGUGAGAUCGGCAGAGAAUUUUUGGAGGGGGCAGCUGGUGCCGCCAGAGGUGGUCCGGAGACUCGACGAGCUGUACCCGGUCAAGCGUUCGCCCGGGGAGGCAGUUCCGCCUGAUAAGGAGUCCGCACCGUUCGGCUGCCUGACGUCUCUGGGGCUGCAGCAGCUUCAAGAUAGGGGAGAGCAGUUCAGGCAACGUUACUCUUGUGACGACAUUGACAACGCAAAGUUGGAAGUGUUCUCGACCAACUACCGCCGGACGCAGCUGUCGGCGCAAGGCUUUCUGGACGGGCUUCUAAGGGCGGGCGGGAGGGGCGGCGUACCCGUGGUGGUUAGGCCUAGAGCGGACGACUUUCUCAAUCAGUGGGAGAGCCGAGGGCAUGAAAUGUACGAGCGCAUGAUGGUGGUCGAGUCCGAGCCUGAUUUCCGGGUGACGGAGGAGACCGUUGGAGGACCGUUGAAGAGACGGCUUCACGCGCUCGACCCUGCGCUCUUCCCGCUGCCUCAAGGAGGGAGAUUUCGUUGGAUGAUGGCUGCGGACUACUUUAUGAGCGCCCGCGCUCGUGGACUGCGCGUCGCCCCCGAGCUGGAUGCCCUCGGAACGGCCACGAUAAGGCAUCUCGUCUGGCGCUUCAGCCGGUUUUACGGGGACGACGAGAUGAUGCGGACCAUGGUCGGUCCUUUGCUCGCGCACAUCAUUGAGUGCGCGGCGGGGAGCGAUGUUGCCGGUCCCGCUACAGGUUCUAGGAACGUUCCGGGGGCCGAUGCGAGUGGCGGGUCAUUGUCGCGCGUGGUAUCCUCCAGCUGCCAUGACGUCACAAUCCUGGCCCUCCUUUACGCGAUGGAGGCGGAUCUCCUCGAAGAUCGAGACUACUGGCCGCCCUACGGCUCCACGAUAGCGUUCGAGGUUUCCAGUACAGGAGGCGUGUCGGGGCCGGGGAGAGGGCCCCGUGGAGGACGCGGCGAGGACAAGGGGGGCGGAGGGGAUCUCGUUUUGAAGAUUUCGGUCGACGGGGAGCCGUUGCGAUCACGCCUGUUUGCCGGGAAAGGGGGCGACGGUAUCAUCCCUCUGUCGGAUUUCCACACGGCUGUACGAAGUUUUCUACCGACAGCUGUGUGA